AGCAACAAAGCAAGAGAGAUAAACAAAGCCAUACAAUUUUCUUUCCUUGAGCAAAAAGCAGACCUUGAGAAGAUGUCUUCACCGCGAAGCUCAACUUCAUCACCCUCCCCUCCGUCUUCCCUCCCCAACGGCGUCACCACUGGAGCAAACAACCCUAACCGUGAAGAGCCUACGGUGACGUCGACCCAACAACCCAACUCCGACGCCACCACUGGACCAAACAACCCUAACCGUGAAGAGCCUGCGGUGACGUCGACCCAACAACCCAACUCCGACGCCACCACUGGAGCAAACAACCCUAACCGUGAAGAGCCUGCGGUGACGUCGACUCGACAACCCAACCCCGUUGCUGUUCCGUCGCCCCACCGUUGCCACGACCCAAAUGCUGAAGUGGUAGCGUUACGUCCAAGGACGUUCUUAGCGGCGGGCAUAUGCGAAUUGUGCGGCAAAGAAUUUACACAAGAACAGAUUCGAGACUUUUAACAGGUGAGAACCCCACAAUCCAUAAAGGAGACAAAAUUGAGGAGAAGUGGAAAA